AUGCGCGAGUUAGAAUCCAUUACUACGCAUGAUUCACCUAUACGUAAAGAACGUAGUGCUAGUAACGUAGCCGGCCACGUGUUGGAGCAAAAUCGCAAACUAAUUCCUGGUAUGUCCGGAGUUCACUACGUUCCCGAUCGGCUCCGUCGAGCUCAUAAAUCUGCCAGCCCAGAAAAGCUUUAUCAAAUGCAUCAGGUUGAAAUGAAAGAAAGUUAUGGCGAAAAAAGAGUGAAGAGGGACCAAGGUCUUCAAGAAAAUUACCUUUUGUACGCCAUCAGCAAAAAUUCCUUCACAGAAAUUCACAAAAUCAAUCUGGAAGAUAACAGCAAUACCACGCUGAUAUCUCAUACACAGUUUGGAGAAUUUGCAGGUUUAGAUUACAAUUACAAACAAAACCGUUUGUACUGGGCAGAUUCCGUUACCAUUUACCGCUCAUCUCUAACAGGAUCUGGUGUUGAAAUUGUUCACAAUAACUUGCCAGCGGUAAAAGGGAUCGCUGUAGACUGGCUCGGGGAUAAUAUAUUUUGGACGGAUGCAUCCGGCAUAAAAGUUUCAAGAACUGAUGGUCGCUUUAUCAAAACGCUCAUCAGUCAUCCAGACUACACAGGGAUUGUUUUGGAUCCUGAAAGAGGGUAA